AUGGAACUCUAUCAAAUCGAAGAAGAUGUUGCAGCAGAGUCAUCGCGAGUGACAACAUUGGGCGAAUAUUUCGCAUGGGCGCAGCGAUGUGACGAGUGCAUCGAAAAAUUAGAGGAACAAUGCCGUGCUAAGCGUCCACGGCUAUCUCUAGGACGAAAUCACUCGUUAGUGGCUCGAAUCGCGCAGCUCGAGGGAUUGAAGAAGGAAUUGGAAACACGCUUCAUACAUGUCGGUGGCGGUGACCACGCCGAACAGCCUUCCAACACAAAACUCUCUUGGCGAGAGAUUGAUACCGCGUUCAACAAUCGUGUCCUGACCGGUGCGGUGAUCAACGCGGAUUACAUCGACCCGCGACGAUUCUUGGAGGACGUUCGUGAUGUAGUGCUAGAGCAUGUGCGCAACGCUAUUGAUAGACACAGCAGCGUAAAAGUGAACACCAUGUUCAAUGGGGAGUUCGUGGCGGGCGAGAAGACCGCUAAUAAAAGUAUAAACACGAGAAAUCGUGAACUCUUUAAGACAUCGGAUUUGCAAGAACACAAUCCGAUGCACGCUGGAUGUCGCAUUAAAUUACCGGAGGAGAUAAAGACGAAGAAAGCAGUGGUGAACGUGCAAUCGAAGGACAAUGCAUGUUUCGCGUGGUCGGUGAUUGCCACUCUGUAUCCUGCAGAAGAACACGUAGAUAGGCCAUCUUCCUAUCCGCAUUAUACAACGGUGCUGAAUCUCAAGGGCAUAGAGUUUCCAGCGACGCUGAAGCAAAUAAAAAAAUUUGAGCUUCUGAACGAUAUCUCAGUAAACGUAUACGCCGCCCAGGAGAAGAAGAAGGAAGAAGAAAAACUUACAAUCGUACCGAUACGACUCGCUGAUGAGAAGAAGUGUAAGCAUGUGAACCUGCUGUACAUGCAGGAUCCGCAGGACAACGUAGGACAUUUCGCGUACAUCAAGAAUCUGUCUUGGCUGGUGAGCUCACAACUUAGCAGCAAUAAACGAAAAAAAUACAUUUGUGAUCGAUGUCUACAUUAUUUCCAUACCAACGAGAAAUUGGAGGCCCACACUGUUGAUUGCCAACGGAUGAAUGACUGCGCCAUCGUUCUACCAAAUGAAGAGGACAAGUGGCUAAGUUUCACCAACUACAACAGGAAGGAGAGAAUACCGUUCGUCGUCUAUGCCAAUCUGGAAUGUAUCCUGCAGAAGACGGAGGAGGACGACGACCCGAAGCUGUACCAGCGUCACCAAGUAUUCAGCAUCGGGUAUUACAUGCGAUGCAAUUACGAUGCGUCGUUAUCCGGAUACCGAUCCCGUCGCGAUACCGACUGCAUAGCGUGGUUCAUCGAACAAUUAAAACAUUUAGCGCAUCGCGUGAAAGCAAUUUUGUCUAGAAAUGUCCCCAUGAAAAAUCUAACGCGAGGCGAGUGUGAAAAGUAUAAUAGUGCAACGCAUUGCCAUAUCUGCGAGAAACCGUUCUGCGUCAGACGACACGCGAUAUUUCAUAAUUUAUCCGGCUACGACUCACAUGUUAUCAUUAAAGAAAUAGCUACCGCGUUCGAGGGCGCUAUCGAUGUAUUACCGAUAAACAAAGAAAAAUAUAUUUCCUUUACAAAACAUGUUAAUGAGUCAGAUGACAAAAAAUGGCGUAACCACGUGCAAUUGCGGUUCAUCGAUUUAUAUAAAUUCCUGAGCAGUAGCCUGGAUAAGUUAUCGUCAUAUUUAAAUAAGGAUAAACUCAGAAUUGUACGAUCCGUAUUUGUGCACCUUUCUACUAAUGACUUUGAUUUACUUACGCGAAAGGGUGUGUUCCCGUACGAGUACGUGGAUUGCGCCGAAAAGUUGGAGGAUACUCGCCUACCACCGCGCGAAUCGUUUUAUAGUUCACUAACCGGUAAUACGGUAUCCGAGAGCGAUUACGCGCACGCUGUCAACGUGUGGCAACGGUUCGCCAUUCGAACGCUCGGCGAGUACAGCGAUUUAUACUUAAAAACGGAUGUCUUGUUGUUGGCCGACGUAUUCGAAAAUUUUCGCGAUAGCUGCAUAAAGAGUUACGGUCUUGAUCCCGCGUAUUAUUACACUUUGCCCGGUUUUACAUGGGACGCGAUGUUAAAACAUACGCGUAUAAAUUUCGAACUCCUUACCGAUAUUGAUAUGAUUAUGUUCAUAGAACGCGGUAUACGCGGCGGCCUGAGCCAAUGUUCGCACAGGUACGCGCAAGCUAACAAUAAGUACAUGCAGUCGUACGACCCAUCGAAACCUUCAUCUUAUUUAAUGUACUUUGAUGUUAAUAAUUUAUAUGGAUGGGCAAUGUGUCAGCCACUGCCUUAUGCGAACUUUCGAUGGGUCGAUGACACUUCCAAUUUCAACAUGAUCGUUGUCACUCCCGAUUCGCCAAAAGGAUACGUACUCGAAGUCGAUCUCGAGUAUCCGCGACAUCUCCAUGACGCGCACGCUGACCUACCGUUCUGUCCGACGCGCGAUAAGCCGCCAGGAAAAUGGCAGGAUAAGUUGCUCACAAUUUUAUGCGAUAAGAAGCGGUACGUCAUUCAUUACCGCAAUCUACAACAGUGUACGCGUCACGGUCUUCGCGUCACAAAAAUUCAUCGCGUCUUAGAAUAUGCACAAUCUCCAUGGCUCCGCGAGUACAUCGAACUGAACACGCGAUUUAGGGCAGCAGCUAAAAAUGAUUUCGAGAAAAAUUUAUAUAAACUGAUGAAUAACGCGGUAUUCGGAAAAACCAUGGAGAACGUGCGCAAUCACGUGGAUGUAAAGCUGUUAACGAAAUGGAACGGAAGGUACGGCGCGGAGGCAAUGAUCGCUAAACCGAAUUUCCAUAGUCGCAGCGUCUUUUCGGAAAACCUGGUCGCGAUCGAAAUGCGUAAGCUCGAGGUGAAGUUCAACAAACCAAUCUACGUGGUGUUUGAAAGACCGCAUAGAAAUGACUCGAGAUCAAUCCCGUAUACAGUCAAACUGCAUAACGUGUUGUACACCGUUCACGAGACGAAAAUCGCUCUGAGUCCGCAUGACGAUAAACGAUAUAUCGUACCCAAGUCUACAAACACCUUACCAUGGGGACAUUACCGCGUACCGUUAUAA